UCAAUUUGCUGUCAAAAUUCUACUGACACAAUUUAUUUGAUUUUCUAGUUUGUGUAAAGAAAGCCAGAAAGUACUUCUAGAAUAGCACAAGGUAAAAAUGGUCAGAGUGUCCACGAUCAUUUAUACUAGAGGGGUAGAUGAGUUGCCGACGACGACUACAUUGCGGCCAGUCUCGUUUGUAUUCUAUACGUUGGAGACGAUCUUCAAUAUGUUUUGUUUAGCAUAUCACAUAAAAGGAUUUAUGUCUGUGGAUUUGUAUAUGUUGAAAUGGGACAAGCGCUUAAUUUACUAUAGCUACUUGGUGACUUUCUACGUGUUCAUGGUGAUCACGCUCUUCCAGAGCAUCAACAUCUGCUCGGGACACAAUCCCACAAUUUGCAUGGAAAUAUUUAAGUCCUGCUUUGCAUCGUUCGGAUUUAUAGCGAUUUCCAUCUUAACCAUGUGGGAUGCGGAGCGUGACUUCCACUUAUUGUACAGUGGGCACGAGCCUGUAGAAGGUGUCUAUGAUAAGGUUGAACCCGUUCAUCCGUUUGCGUCAUUUAUGUUAUAUCAAUCCAUUGCGUCAUUGACGUGCGGCAUUCUCUACAUGCUGCAUGCAACCCUUCUAAUCGAUGUCAAGCUAACAGCAGUCAACAAAGUAUCAACAGAGGAAGACGAGUCCAGGUUUAUGGCCAUCAAUAUCUACGUCCUCGGUGAUUAUGUUCAAUCAAAGCUUGAGAAAUACAGUUGGUUUCACAUCUUCUGUUCGAACAAUCGCAUUGAGAUCUAAUAUUUUAGUAUAGUA